GGCGCUCAGUGAGGCUUUCCUGUCACUGGAUACUACUACUCCCAGCCCGCCUCGGAGCCGCCCGAGCCAGCCCUCCGGUCUUUAGUUUACGAGUGGCAGUUUGACUUGCUCUGCUGCAUGUCUAGAGGGACCGAGGAAAGUGUGGAGACGCCCCGGGGAUUCAGGGAUCGCAGCUUGGAAAGCAAGCCGGCCAAACAAAUAAACAAAACCCACCCACCCUAACAAAUAUGAGGCUGCUGGAGAGGGCGAGGAAGGAGUGGUUCAUGGUCGGGAUAGUGGUGGCGAUCGGCGCCGCUAAGCUGGAGCCGUCGGUCGGAGUGAACGGGGGACCACUGAAGCCAGAGAUAACUGUGUCCUACAUCGCCGUCGCAACGAUAUUCUUUAACAGUGGACUGUCAUUAAAAACAGAGGAGCUGACCAGUGCAUUGGUGCAUUUGAAACUGCAUCUUUUCAUCCAGAUCUUCACACUUGCCUUCUUCCCAGCAACCAUCUGGCUCUUCCUUCAGCUUUUAUCGGUCACAUCCAUCAAUGAAUGGCUUUUAAAAGGUCUGCAGACAGUAGGUUGCAUGCCUCCCCCUGUGUCUUCUGCUGUGAUUUUAACCAAGGCAGUUGGUGGAAAUGAGGCAGCUGCAAUAUUUAAUUCAGCAUUUGGAAGUUUUUUGGGCAUCGUUGUGACACCGUUGCUACUACUGCUUUUUCUCGGCUCAUCCUCUUCUGUGCCUUUUACAUCCAUUUUCUCUCAGCUUUUUGUGACGGUUGUGGUGCCUCUCGUUAUCGGACAGAUCGUCCGCAGAUACAUCAAGGACUGGCUGGAAAGAAAGAAGCCCCCUUUCGGCGCAGUCAGCAGCAGUGUGCUGCUCAUGAUCAUCUACACCACCUUCUGCGACACGUUCUCCAACCCACAUAUCGACCUGGAUAAAUUCAGCUUGGUCCUCAUACUGUUCAUAAUAGUCUCCAUUCAGCUGAGUUUCAUGCUUUUGACCUUCAUCUUUUCUACACGGAAUAACUCGGGUUUCACACCAGCGGACACAGUGGCUAUCAUUUUCUGCUCCACACACAAGUCCCUCACGUUGGGGAUUCCAAUGCUGAAGAUAGUGUUCGCAGGCCAUGAGCAUCUCUCAUUAAUAUCUGUGCCCUUGCUCAUCUACCACCCAGCUCAGAUCCUUCUGGGAAGUGUGCUAGUGCCAACAAUAAAGUCCUGGAUGGUGUCAAGGCAGAAGGGAGUAAAGUUGACGAGGCCGACUGUGUGACUCAGGAGGCGCCUUCCUGGAGCGUGUAUGUAUGUACAGCUUCCUGGAGCGUGUGUGUAUGUACAGGCUGUCCGUGCAGGCCAUUCUGAACACCCGGCCUUGUGAAUGUUGCUUUGAUGCCUAUUUUAUUUUUUUACAGAAAAAUAUGAUACACCUGUUUAAGUGCCUUAAAUGUUCUUGACAUGCUCUGCUGGCGACUGCCGUGGGUGGACAGUAUUCUGGUCUUAUUUUUUUUUUUUUUCCUUAAUGCAGAAAAAGGGUUUUGUAAGGAACAAAAGCUAACAGGUUUUCUUUGUACUGCCUUUUGUGCACAACAACUCUGUGAUCAUUAUUGUAACGUUUGAAAUGGGGUCACACCAUACAGAAGCCAUCCGCCUGGUGACGGGGAAGAUGCUGCAGUCUCGGUUGCACACUUUGAUUCGCCGUGCGCUUCUUUGUUUCUGUGACUGUGACAUGCCUCUUCCUCAUCAACUCAGCAGGGGUCAGAGAUGGGCGAGAUGCUGAGAAGCACGAGGUACCUCAUUCCUCGACGUCGUCUUCUCUAGACAUCUCUUCAAUUAGUCCCCGCACACUCGGGAGACACCUGUGGGGGGAAUAGCUUAAAUUUAUAGUGAGCUGCUCCAAAGGAAGGCCUGAUGUGAGUGCCAAGGUAACACAGAGUGUGGUUUGGGAGGUUUUCAGUCUCUCUGUGCUUUUCCUCCUUCUUCCUUCAUUCCUUUGUUCCUCAUUUCACCCGCACACUCACAAACGACCCAGGAGAGCAGCAACAGCUCACAGUGGGUUGUGUCCCCAUUGCACAGCUAGGACCAAGUGCUAUUCCUGUUCCACAGUUCCAAAUCGCUCCUGUUGGCAAGACGCAGCCUGUUACACCCUUUAAGUAAGCACACUUAAGACAUUUGAGACAGUUUAUGAAUGAGAGCGUCCGUCACUCACUUGACAAAUCUUUGCAGCAUCUCUUAAGAAAUCAAAUCAUAUUGCCCUUAGGAGUCAAAGAAAACAUAAGGUCAUGGACGUGAGCGAAUGUUACAUGCCCACACUGCCUAGUCAGGUGGAAAGAGGGGCCAGCACAGAAGGCCCAAGACCAUCCAUUAACCAAGCUGUCAAACAACGAGUCCUGGAACUGGGCAUCAGCUUUCAAAGGAAUAUCUGAUAUGGCCUUCAGUGGCCAGAAGAACUUCAUUUAAGCUGGACCCCAGUAGAAAAUAAGCAAUGUACUAGAUGGUGGAAAUGCCAUUCUUGUGUUUCCUUAACACUUAAUACUUUAUUGAUUUAACAGACAAAUGGCAUCGUGGGUCUCACUAAGGGCCUGCUCUCCUCAGCAGCCGCCUUUCUUGUUGGUAGUGGUGGCUGAAGCCCCACAACGAAGCAGUCAUUCCUUCAGAAUUCACUGGGCUUGUCAUUGGUCUAGUUUACAGCAUGGCUAGCACCGGUGUUCCAGUGUUAGCACCAGGUCUUUCAUGUCAAUGUCUCAGGACCUUAGAACUGCCAUCAGAGCUCUGCCACUGGUGCCAGGCCUUGGCAGUGACUCCCCGUGGUAAGUGCGCCACUUACCUGGAGCAGAAAGGUUUCAGGUCACAUGAACACUGGUCUCCCUGCAACCUCUCUACCUCUCUUAACACCUGCAGAAGGCGUGGCUGUGGGAGAAAUUCAGCUGAAAUGCUAGGAGAGCGCUUUAUCCUUUGCUUUAAAAAGGUGUUUUGUUUUCCAGUAGUUGAUGUGUAUCAUGAGUUUGGGUGGCUUUAGUAACAUGACUGUGGUUACUUCUCUUUUUACACAAGUGGGAUAGCAUAUUUUCUCCAUGGUGAGCAAAAAAUAGAAUCAAAAUUUAUUUUAAUUCCUGCUCAUUCAAAUUUAAUUAGCAGCUUAAAAUAUUUUCCUGUUUGCACUGUCCAUCUCUGUUUUAUACAUUUGUUUGUCCAAAUGUACUUAUAAAAGAAAUACAUUAGGUUAUAUUUAUGUUUACUCAUGUUUCCACCUGGAAUUUGUUGUUUUAACAGCUGAAAUUUUAAAGAAUGGUAAUGUGGUCUUUACAUGUGUUCCAAGUUUUAAGAUUUUGUGGAUUUUUUUAAUUCUACCCUGUUCUGUUUUUAACUGACACACCUCUGGUUGACGCUCAGUGUUUAUGCUAAAUACCAAAUUUUUUCAAAGAUGGCUAAGUAAUGAAGUGGGUUAUUUAUAAUAAAUGAGAAAUAAAAAUAAUUCUAUGAUGAAACAAA